AUGGCGCCUCCCUCAGCAACACUUAUUCACUCCCUUGGUCAUAAUACCUUGGGAAAGACAGAUAUUGCUGUGCAGUCGGUCCUUUUGGCUAUUGCUUUUGCUGCUGUCGGUCUGCGGCUAUGGUCGCGACGAUUGCAGUGUAUUUCGCUGAAAUUGAAUGAUUUGUUGAUUAUAGUUGCGACGUUUGUUAUGAUCGGUCGCUAUGUAGUGGAAAUCAUCAUGGUCGUACUGUGUGGAAUGGGGCUGCAUUCCACCGAAGUAACCCAUGUGGGAGGGGCUGAGGUUUUUAUUCGUUUCAACGAGCUUACAUAUGCGGGUGAUCUUCUCUGGGUCACUGUGAUUGCCUUGAUCCAGUUGUCGAUUCUCAGCUAUUAUGUGCACAGCUUUGGUCGGCAUGCUAUUACCUUGCUAGCACAUGCUAUCAUGAGUCUGUGUUUGGCUCUCUGGGUUGCAGCCUUCUUUGCAACGGCGUUUUUCUGUACUCCGCCGAAGAGAAUAUGGCUUGUCGACACUCCGGGUCAUUGCGGUGAUCGCAAGAUGUUACAUACUGGUGUCCACGCGAGUGAGGCAAUUCUCAGCUUCUUUGUUGUCAUUCUUCCUAUCCCUUUGAUAUGGGGUACCCCGUUAUCGAAGACUAGGAAGGCUGUACUAAUUUGUAUCCAAGUGCUAGGGCUGGGCAUCAUUUCCAUUAUUGCUGUCCGUGCGAAACUCGAGUUCGACCUCGACCCAAAAGACCCAACGCACGGUUCUGUCAGGAAGUCAAUACUCUCGUGCAUCAUCCCUCUUCUAGCAUUAAUUGUUGCCUGCCUCCCAACACUGGAGCCAGCCAUUCAAAGGAUCUUCAGAAUAUCGGCGUUACCAUCUCCAAUCCAUACCUCUAUGUAUGACCCCAAUUUUGCGAGGUACUGGAGGACGACGGUUCUUUCGGGCAGGCGGUUGGAUGAGCCAGAGAUGCCUCUGGUCACUAUCACUCAGCCUUUCGUGGCAAAGAUGGGCCAUCUUGCUCCCGGGCAUAUUCAGGUCACUUCACAUUGGGAGAUUCAUUCGUCGCGAGGUUCGGCGAGACUCGAUAGAUCACCCGCACGGCAGGCCUGA